UUCAGUCUCAGUGACUCAGCCCACAGUGAUUGAGUGCUCUACUUGUAGCAAAUCAUUUCUAUUUGUCCAGUAGACCAUAACUGGAUUUUCCUAAUGGUUCUGUUUUAUUUAAUUUAUUUAUCUUUAAAUUAUUUUUAAUCACGUGUUCACAACAGUGUAGACAGUUACAGGGAUAUUUUUUGGGGGGUGGUGCAUAUCCAGCAGUAUCAGGGUUUACUCUUAUCUCUGCAAUCAAAAAUCGUUCCAGGCAGACUCAGGGAUCGAACCCGAGUUGGCCACAUGUAAGGUGCUCAUAACUGUGUCUAUGCCCUGGAUCUACCUAUGGAAGCUAAAGCCUAUGCAGAUGUCUAGCCCCCACCAUCCUCCCAGAGCCAGUGAAUAAGAAUCUGGAGUGCCAAAUGAUUUCUGCAGAUUGCUAGGAAAUGAUACCUCCAAACUGCACCGAACAUCUGCUUCCCUGAAGAUUCCCGAAGACACCACUCAAUCAAGAAAGCACACUUCAGCAUCAUGGAAAAAGACUCCACUCCCAUGGACAGGAGCCAAGCAGAGGCCCAGAAGGCCAGACUUCUCUACCGGGAUGUUUGCCUGGCAGCUCAACGUCUUGACUUUUUCCUUCGAAAGGGAAAUGCCCACAAAGAGGUUUUCAAGCCUCAUGUGCUGGCCCUCAGGGAUACAGUUCGGCAGGUUUGCAUUAAACUCAUGUUUCUCCACCCGGUGGAUUAUGGGAGGAAGGCAGAGGAACUGUUGUGGAGGAAACUGUAUGCUGACGUCGCUCUGCUGCUGCUGAAGACUAAGAGAAAACACCUGGGUACCUCCCCACCCUGGGAAGGCCCUUUGCGUGCUCAUCUGAACGGCGGCCUCACGUUCUAUGAGCAUCUCUUCCUGUUCCUUCAAAAUCACUAUGGAUUGAGGUUACAGAGCUGUAUCGAUUGGCCUCACAGAGCCAUCCACUUGAUCGGUUGCAAGAAACUAGGCCCCCCAUCCGAGGAAGAAGCAUUGUGGGCGCGCAUGGCCUGCCAUCGCUGCCUGCUCUACCUGGGUGACUUGUUCCGCUAUCAGAAUGAGUUCCUAGCCCUAGCCACCACAGAUUUGGCAGAAAAGUGUUAUUACAGAGCCCUGUCAGUGGCCCCUCACAUGGGAAUGCCCUUCAACCAGCUGGGGGCUCUGGUCGGGAGUAAGUACUACGAUGUGGAAGCCACAUACUUCUACCAGCGUUGCCUCCACUCAGAAGUGCCUUUCAAAGGGGCAGCAUGGAACCUCAAACGGCUCUAUGACCAGGCAAGAAAAAGAUACAGCCGUCUGAAGAGGUACCAGGGACAGAAGCUGUCUCCACGCCAGAGACAGUGUUGGGAUAACAAAAGGCUGCUGGUUAGCUUCCUCUACCUUCAGAGCCUCUUGCAGCCUCAGCGGAAAUUCAGAGCCACCAGUCUGAUGGCCCUGUGUCAGCUGGUUCUGGAUGACUUCCGUCUCUGCCUCUUCUACCGACCGUGCCCAUCUGACCUGAAUCAGACCUCCGCCGAGCGAAAGCCCUCAAGAGGCUACUUGUUUCUCCCUGACCUCCUUAUCUUCCACAUGGUGGUUCUUUGCCUCAUGAGUAUACACAGCCUGAGGAAAACUGGCUCAAAGCGGCAUAGGCCAGCCGUUUUCUUCACCUUGACACUUUUCUCGCACGUAAUUCAACACGUCAACGCCCGAAUCCAGGCUGAGCUUCAGAAAGGGAGGCUGAGUGACACGAGACAGGAGCAAGAGACUGAGCUAGGGUCACAGGUCACCCCAAGCUCCUGUACCAAAGUCCCCCUCAGCAAAUCUCAGUCCUCUGAUUCCUGUGAGGGUUACACCUCAGAGGUGGGCUUUGGUAGCUGCUGUGACUCAGAUGAAGAUGAAGACAGGUCCCUCAGCUCCCAUGCCUCCUCAGAAACUAGCAGUGAGACUUCGUACUCAGACACAAUAGAUGAGGCGGAGAGUGGCGCCCCAAAUCUGGAAGCAGUACAGGAAAGUGGAGGAAACAAAUCCCAAAGCAGAGACACCCGGCCUCAGGGUCAGUUAAAGGCAUGCGGGCCUCCAGCACAUCUCCUCGAUUUCUUGAAAACAACUCUCUUUGCUAACCUGCCCACCCCACUGAGCCAGAAGCUCCAAGGAAAACAUGACUUGCCCUCAGCUCCUGCCUUCAGAGGAGGCCUCCACAUGCUUCUGUCAGAGCUAAGCCCUACCCUGGGUGGUGCCUCAGGCCGAGAGGACACUGCGAGUCAUCUCCCUGAGGCAGAGUCUUCUCCCGUAUCCUCUCUGUGGCAGGAUGCCAUCACCCCUCAGCCCUGCCUCCCUCCACAGCCCCUGCGACAGAAACUGCAGAUCCUCUCAGCAGAGGGGCUGCUGCCCACUGUCAAGGUCAUGCUGAGUUGGCUUCGGACCAACCACAGCCUCCUCAGCUCGUGCUGGCGGGGCCCACUAAGCCUGUGGGAUCACCUCUCCGUGCUGCUAAACCUGCUCCCCUCGGCGCGAGACCUUCAGGCACCAGGCCUGGGCCUGUCACCCCAUCUUCGGGAACUUCUGCAGACCUGUCACGGCCCCAGUGUGCCCAGGCUCCCACAACUCCCUGAGGACCUGGCCUGGUGCCGACCCCCUCUGGUGCCGUCAUCCCGGGAGAGGGCGGCGGUCGAGCAGGACCUGCUGCCUCUCAGCCCCCAGGACGAAGCUGCCGUGCGCAUCUGUUUCCUCAGGAGCUUUGGCCACUUCGCUGCUACCCUCCCUGGAGGGUUCCUGAGGUUUGACUUGAAGUCAGGGGUCUUCGUGAGCACAGCACCCAGUGGAGCAGAAAGUUGCUCUCAGAACUUUCUAGAACGAAUGCCAAGGGUCAGGUUUUCCAAAGACAUGGUUCAGCUGUGGCUGCAACGUGAAGUGCUCCAUCUGGAGACGACCCUCUGGGGACUCCAGGUCCAGUCAGCCUUGACGCCCUACCUGUUCCCUGACCCGCGGGCCCUCUUCGAGCAUCUUCCUCGCAUCCAGCACUUGGCCACCAGUGGGAAGUUUUUCCUGAUCAUUCCCAAGAUCGUGGUUGACAUACUGUACGUCCUGAGAAAGGAAGAUCCCAGAGCCCUGGCAGCCAUCACUUUCUUAGAAGAUGAGCUGAAGAAGGGAAAUCCAUCCAUUCUAUGCCAGUCCUUCAUGGCCAAGAAGUUUGUGAGGCCCAGGAUGACCAUCCCAGACUCGGAUGCUUGGGACCUCUAUAACGUUCUUGAUUUCUGCAAAGGUCUAUUGAACUCAUCCAGGCUGCAUACUGGGACGCCCAGUAGCAUGGUCACCAUCAUCACUGGCAUCUGUUUGGACAACCCGAGGAAUUUCUCCUACCCCUUGCAGUUGGCACUGGGGACAGCCGCUGAAGCUGGCGUAGAAAUCAAGAAUGUGCGGCGCUUUCACAGGGAGUGGACUGCAGUUGGCUGACAUGGUCACAUCUCUCUCCUGCCUCCUUCAGCGCUUAGUGAUCAAGCUCUGCUUAUUUACCUCGCUCAUUCCCAUCUAAUGUUAAAGGUAGAUGCUGUCAGUGCCUAGCUACUCCUCGGUAGCGGUGUCCCAUGUCAGCUCCCAGAGGCCUUCAUUUUUCAUCUUGGCUCGAUACCACGUUCUCUAGCUGAUAAAAUAUCUCAAGAUGAAAGUCACUCAGUGCUUAGUGUCCUCUUGAUAAUAUAGCAAGUUGAGGAAACACUUUUGUGUCCUACACCGUGAAACUCAUUUGCUUAGCUCUGUUUUGUGACCCGAGACUUUUGCUUCAGUGCUGUUUCAUUGUGAUGGGGAUCACCUUAUUAACUCAAGGAGACCUGAACCCUCUGUGAAAACUCAAUAAAUACAA